AUGUCACAAAAGAGCAAGUGUCUAUUCGAGUUCACUUUAUACAACAUUUCAAAACUCCAUGGCGAUAUUUACAGCCCGCCGUUUGCAACCUCGGGUGAUAUGUACUGGCAGUUAGUCUUUAACAGGUUCCCAUACAUCCAGUCCGCACCUGAUCAUCCUAAAUACUGUUCAUUAGGUCUGAGAGCAAUACCCAACCCCGAAGAAGAACACGAGUCAGGAGUAUGGACAAAGCGUGGUACGCUCUCGGCUGUAAUAUUCGUGAAGGACCCAAGAACCCUCAAACGUAUUGACUAUGGCGAGGCCGAUCUGAACGGAUUCACUGCUACACGAAGAGGAUAUGGCUGGAAGGAUUUUUGUAAUUCAACAGAUCUUCCAUCUCAUGGUGAAGUAAUUUUUGGAGUCGAAUUUACAUCAGGAGAAGUAUCUUUACAACCGCAUGUCUCCACCCUUCCUUCAAAAGCCUUUCCAAAAGAUCUCUCCGAAGCCUGGUUGGAGAAACUCAACGUCCCCGAAUGUGCGGACGUUCAGUUCAAUGUCAAUGACCAUGUGAUAUACGCUGAUUCUGCCAUUCUCUCAAAACGAUCAGAAUAUUUUCAAAAGUUCUUUGGGGGAGAAUGGUCAGAGAACAGACAAAAGAGCAUCAGAAGAUAUCCGACAAGAUCGUCGAGAGAACACAAUGAUAAAAGUUUGGAAAGCAAGGGAAAUACGGCAACACCUAUGAGCGACGUAGUGACAGCAAAUGGAAAGACCUCUGCGUACCAAUUUGAGAUCGAUAUACCAGAUUACCAUCAUCUAACGUUUCUGGAGAUGUUGAGAUUUCUCUACACAGAUCAAAUAACAUUUUUGAAACGUAAAGAUUCUCAUCAAACUUGCAUGGACCUCUUCGACAUAGCUGAUAAAUAUCUAAUAGCGGAUCUUCGCCAACGAGCAAAAGUCAAAAUCUUGCAAGAGAUUUCUCCCAACAGUGUGACUGAAAUUCUAUUCAACUUCUCUUGGAAAUGGCCAGAUUUGAAGGAAGAGGUUAUGAAAUAUGCCAUUGAACAUUGGCAGCAAGUGAUAAAGACGGUGACGUAUAAGGCGUUUAGGAACAACCCUGGAAUAUAUCCCAUGUCCAGUGAAGUAUUGGUAGAAUUAUUGGAACGGUUCACGCCUUCAGCAGAGGAAGAACGUACACCAGAAGAUAUGAUUUGA